AUGAUUGCUGCGGGAUACCGCAUUACCAUGGAUACUGAUUUUGACAAUGCCUUUGUUGUGCAUUGCGAUGGAGACAGACAGAUGCGAUUUGUGAAUCGUAAGGGUGUGUAUGUGUUGGAGCAACUUGGAGCGAAUGUUAAACCAGGUGCCAAAGAGACAAGUGCGAUGUAUUGCCAGUUAAGCAACGUAAAUAAACAACCCCAUUUCGAACUUUCUUCAAAACAGAAUGGAUAUGCUGGACUUGGGAUGACUGCGAAGAUGGCAACAGUUCAAAAGAACAAGGAAGGAUUCACUCCAAGACAAGUCAAGGCUGCGAUGGAAGCGAGAAGUGCGAUGCACAUACUCAAUGCUCCAAGCACCAAAAGUCUGAAGUAUGUGAUCCGAUCUGGUCUCAUCAAGAACUGUCCUAUCACUGAAGAAGCGAUCAAUCAUGCCGAAGCAAUCUUUGGACCUGACGCCUCUACAUUGAAAGGCAAGUCAACACAACCAACUUUGAAGAAGACGUAUGACGACUUCUUCAGUCCACCAGAGGAACUGUAUCAGCACAAUCGAUCUAUUACCGUCUGUAUUGAUCACAUGGAGAUCGAGAAUGCUAAGUUUCUCACCACACAAGAACAUGAGAUCUACGAUACCACCAAAAUCUCCCCCAGCUUCCACAUAACACCCAUGAUCUCAGCGCAAGGCACGAUACUAGCAAUCGCAACCAACGACGCAGAGGUAACAUCACCGGUCCGAACGAUCAGACGUUGGGAAGCCCUCAGCCUGUUUGGUUUAACAAAAGAGGACAGCAGAAAACUGUUGUUUGAGGAGAAACUCAGUUGGAGAGAGACAAAAGAGACAAUAAAGAGCAUGGCACCACAACAGGUGUGGCAGCAAGUGUUCACCUACAGCAUGUGCAAAAACAUUCAGCGACAACACCCAAUAAUAAUAAUAAUAACUGAAACAUUAAUCGAUUAA